AUGGCUCUCACGAACGGUCAGAUCAAUGGGACUCCCACUGCAGAUAUGGACGACAUCUCAACACAACUUCAGAAGCUUGGUCUUUCGCAGCCGCCGGUGUUUCCUGGCGUACAGCUGUUCCCACAAUAUAAUCCAGUCGAUGUCUAUCGAGGGUACAUUAUCGAGCAAAUAAAUCGCAUCACCUCCGUCGAACCCAGCAUAAUCAAUAACGCAGUUGCAUGGACACAGGAUCUAAAGCACGGAGACCUAGUCUUACCGGUACCAGCCCUGAGGUUGAAGGGCAAGAAGCCGGACGAGCUUGCGGUUGAGAUCGCCAACCAGUUCGACUGCCCCAUCAUUGAGAAGCCUGUCGCGGACAAAACUUUCGUGCGCUUCUUCUUCAAGCCGGCGCCCUUGGCCCAUCUUGCCCUCAGAUACGCAUUGUCCCAGAAGACUGCAUACGGCUUCAACCCUAGUCUUGGUCUUCAUGACCCGUCGAAUCCGGAGAGUGGCAAGAAGAAGCUAAUUGUCGAGUACUCAUCACCGAAUAUUGCAAAAGAAUUCCACACUGGCCACUUACGGAGUACCAUAAUCGGUGGCUUUAUGGUCAAACUCUACAGUGCCGCCGGAUGGGACACGGUCUCAAUGAACUACUUGGGUGACUGGGGAAAGCAGUACGGCAUGCUAAGUCAAGGCUUCGAGAAGUACGGCAGCGAAGCGGAAUUGGAGCGUGAUCCGAUUAAGCACCUUAACGAGGUGUAUGUCAAAAUAAACCAAGAUAAUGCCGCCGAGCAGAAGGAAGCAAAACGGCUUGCGGAGAAGAAGGAUGAAUUGGAAAAGCUCAAGAACCCACCCAAACCAAAGAAGCCUGCAAAGGGUGAGGCGCCUCCACCCGAGCCCAAGUGGACCGAUGAACAAGAAAGGGAACUCCAAGACGUAACCGCGCAGCUCGAGAAGGUGCAGGAAGAUCUGGUGCAAAAGCCAAGCAUCGAUGAGAAAGCCCGUCGCUUCUUUAAGCGAAUGAGUGACGGCGACCAAGAAGCACUGAAGUAUUGGCAGAAGUUCCGUGAUCUGUCCAUCGAAGCCUACACGCACAUGUACGCCCGGCUCAAUAUUGCUUUUGACGAUUACAGCGGCGAAUCCACAGUGAAGCAGGAAGACAUGGACAGGGCGGCUGAGGUCCUGGAGAAGCGCGGCAUCUCCGAAGACAGCAAGGGUGCGGUGAUCGUGGAUCUCUCGAAGCACGGUGCGCCCAAACUUGGGAAAACGCUCGUCCGGAAAAAGGACGGCACCAGUUUGUACCUGACCCGAGACAUUGCCGCCAACUACGAGCGAUAUGAGAAGUAUCACUUCGACAAGAUGAUUUACAUCGUCGCAUCACAACAAGACGUGCACAUGGCGCAAUUCUUUAAGAUUUUGGAGCUCAUGGGCCCACCGUAUUCUGAUGUGAUCGCCAAAUGCGAGAACAUCUCGUUCGGCAUGGUGAAGGACCCGCACGGUCAGACAAUGAGCACGAGAAAGGGAACUGUGGUCUCGCUAGCCGAUAGCCUAGAUGCAGCGCACGAAGCCAUGCACGAGGUCAUGAAGAAGAAUGCGGAUAAGUACGAGCAGGUUCAAGAUCCAGAAGCUACAGCCGAUACGUUGGCGAUAUCCGCCAUCAUGGUGCAGGACUACAGCGGCAAAAUGAUCAACAACUACAACUUCGACAUGGAUCGCAUGACAUCCUUUGAAGGUGAUACCGGACCUUACCUGCAGUAUUCUCACGCUCGCGUCUGCUCAAUGGAGCGCAAAGCCGCCGUGCCGCGCCACGAGCUCGAGAAUGCAGACUAUAGUCUCAUCACCGCCAAAGAGGGCAUUGAGCUUGUUCGUGCGCUAGCUCAGUGGCCGGACGUCUUUCUUAAUACGUACAAGACCCGCGAGCCGGUUACGGUGCUGACGUAUCUUUUCAAGAUGACGCAUCUGUUGAGCUCGUGCUACGAUGCCAAGGAUACGAGCAACAAGAACGCGAAGACUAUGAGCGUUAUGUAUGCGGAAAGUCCGGAGAAGAAGGCGGCGUUGAUGGCGCUUUACGAUGCUGCGAGGCAAGUGUUGGCAAAUGGGAUGAGGCUGUUGGGACUUAAGCCCGUCGAGAGGAUGUAA